AUGAAAUUGAACAGGUUCGAGGACAGGGUUGUUUUAUCAACUCCAAAAUCUAAAAUGGUAGAACGAACAAGUCUGCCAUCCACACCAAGCAAAAGAUUAAAACUAGACAUUGAACCUUUUACUACGUUAAGUGUCAGUCCUUCCAAAAUGCCGAGAAGUCAUCUGUCUAUCAUUAAAGCAAACUCAAAACACAUUACUAGACAAACAUUACCGUUUGACUCUGAUGCUACGCUUAAUAAGAAUGAUAUUGAUGAUACCAGAAUACUCGAAGGAUCAUUAAGUAGUAAGUUAAAUUCUGAUGACCGCCGUCAACUACUUGACAUGGGGACCAUCAGUCCAUUGAGUGACAUUUCCUCUAUCUCAUCUUUAUCUCCAGAUAUCGACAAGUUAGAAUCAAUUGAUUCAUCAGAUCUUGGGACAUUUAUAUGGAAUACAAAACCAUUGAUUCAAAAGGAAACGUACGAACUAAGUAAAAUGAUCCACUCUGCUAUAUUGAAAUCACCAUUGGAAAACCUACAGAUAGAUGGAAUGGAAUUACAAUCACAAUCGACCACUGAAAAAAAAUCUGAACCACACCAUCGUGAAAGCCAACCAAAAAAACCAAUUCUUAAUAUAGCUUCUGCUGGUCUCAAUCUCAUAGUGAGUUCAUCGAAAGGUUCCCUGCAAGAUGCUACUAUAUUUGCUACUGAAAUCAAUGCUUCUACAAAUGGACAUGAAAAUAAAUUACCAGUCAUCUCUAAUAUAUGGGAACGGAUUACGAUACCAGUCAAUUCAUCAAUUAAAGAAAAGCAUAAGAGAAUAAAACAAGAUUUAUAUGGUCUCUAUGAUGAUGAACUUGAUAUAGAUAGCUUCGAACUUUUCGAAAAAGACAGAAAGAAAGAUUAUAAUGAUACAUCUACAGAAGAUGCUGCUUUAAUUAGAGGGUUUGAAUAUAAGUUGCAAAGUGAUUGUAAGUUAAAAAAUAGAAGCAAAAUAAAACAGCCAAAAAGAGUAAGAUGGUCAACUAUGUUGGAGUUGUAA